GAUCCUGUUUUGAAAGCGCGGGUAUAUGAAAGUUUGGGGAUGUCUAGUCUUAGCUCACGAAGUUCUCGUCGAAGGAAUGCAACAAAUGAUGAACAGUUGUCAGGUGAUCUGUUAAGUGCAGGGACCACAUUUGAACGAACUGGGGAGUCAAGUCGUACACGCGGUAGAACUCCUCGGCGUAAUCGGUCAGGACAUAAUGAACCAACAAGCAAUGCAGAACCUACAUCUGGUCUUCGCACGUCCGAAGUGGAGCCGGGUAGUCCUUUGUCAUACAGCGAUAUGUCUAGUGUGGCUACUGGAGUUGAGGACGUAUUGAGCUCAGUUCGUCCUGGUGUCAAUGAUGAGUUGGCUGUCCGAGCUGUUUUGUCCCAAUCUGGGCCGCUUGUCACUGCAACAGGUCUCCCCGGUACUACUGAUGGUUCGACUGCUAGUGGACCUCAGACGGUGAUAUGGGGUACUGACGUAAACAUUGCUCAAGUGAUGUCAAGGUUUAAACAUUUCCUACUGACCUACAUCCCUCCGGAUUUAACUGGCUUACCGAAUCUAACAACAGGUCAACCGUUAGAUCCAGAAAGGUCUCUUUAUCUCCAACGAAUGGAAGAUCUUGCUGUAUCAGGUUCCACUGCCUUAGACAUUGACUGUGAGCAUCUUCGUUCUGCCAGACCAGAAUUGUAUACACAGUUGGUAACGUUUCCGAAGGAGGUUAUACCUGCAUGUGAUGCUGCUGCACACGCUUUGUUUUUAGACCGUUUUCGGGAAGUCCAUUUGGAAAGAGCAAUACAGAUUCGUCCAUUCAAUUGUGCAAGAUCUCGAGAUUUACGCAGUCUUGAUCCAGAUGACCUUGAUCAACUUGUAACUGUCUCUGGUCUUGUAAUUCGCUUAUCACCACUCAUCCCUGAAAUGAUGCGUGCAGAAUUCAAAUGUGCCAUCUGUGGUGCAAUGACAUCUAUUCCAUGUGAACGUGGCCGUAUUGCAGAACCAGAAGCAUGCAUACGUUGUCAUUCAGCGCAUACAGCUCAAUUACAACAUAAUCGAUGUUUAUUUGUGGAUAAACAAAUGAUUAAAUUACAGGAAUCUCCAGAGAAUAUGCCUGCCAGCCAAACACCUCACACGGUACUUAUGUAUGCUCAUGAAGAACUUGUUGAUAAAAUUCAACCAGGUGAUCGAGUUAUUGUUACAGGCAUUUAUCGUGCAAUACCUUUACGAAUAUCUAACCGACAGCGUACUCUUAAGGCGGUUUACAAAACAUACAUAGAUGUUCUUCAUUUUCUUCGAGAAGGUGAAGAUCGAGUUCACAGUGAUGGAUUAGCCGGUGAUGAGAAUACUGCUAGUGAUGAAGCUCAUAUUUUACGUCAAUUCACAGAAGAACGUAUUGAAGAAUUUCAUACAUUGGCUCGUAAACCUGAUUUAUAUGAACGACUUGCUGCUGGUAUCGCACCAACAAUUUAUGAAAAUGAAGAUAUUAAAAAGGGUAUUCUAUUACAAUUAUUCGGUGGUACACGUAAAGAUUUCACCGCUAAAGGACGUGGUGAUUUUCGUUCUGAAAUUAAUAUACUUUUAUGCGGUGACCCAGGUACUUCAAAAUCUCAACUUCUCCAGUAUGUAUACCGUCUUACUCCUCGUGGUCAAUAUACAUCUGGUAAAGGAAGCUCUGCUGUUGGUUUAACAGCUUACAUUACAAAAGAUGCAGAAACGCGCCAAUUAACACUGCAAACUGGAGCAUUAGUAUUAGCUGAUAAUGGAAUAUGUUGCAUUGAUGAAUUUGACAAGAUGUCUGAUUCAACUCGUUCUGUACUACAUGAAGUAAUGGAACAACAAACUUUAAGUAUUGCUAAAGCUGGCAUUCUUUGUCAACUUCAUGCACGUACUUCAAUUUUAGCCGCUGCCAAUCCAAUUGGUUCUAAAUGGGAUCCUAAUAAAACAAUUAUUGAAAAUAUACAACUACCUCAUACUCUUCUAUCAAGAUUUGAUCUGAUUUUUCUUAUAUUGGAUCCACAAGAUGAAGUGUAUGAUACACGAUUAGCCAGACAUUUAGUUGGUUUAUAUUAUCGUGGUACUACUCCAAGUCAAAUUGAAAGCAGUCAAGAUGUUCCAACUAAUAGCAAUAAUAAUAAUAAUAAUAAUAGUCGAAGUGCACGUGGACCACGUCCAGGAGCUGUUCUACUUGAAAUGGACAGUCAAAAUGAUGAUGAUCCAUCAUUUGUAAACAGGAACCUCUUGAAAGAUUAUAUAACUUAUGCUAAGAUGAAAUAUUAUCCCAAACUAACAGAAGAAGCCGGUGAGUACUUAGUUCGUGAGUACGUAGAAAUGCGAAAAUUGGGUUCAGGUCGUGGACAGAUAUCUGCUUAUCCUCGUCAACUUGAAUCGCUUGUACGUUUAGCUGAAGCGCAUGCUCGUUUACGAUUAUCAAAUCAUGUUACGGCGGAUGAUUGUCGUGAAGCUCGACGUUUACAACGUGAAGCGUUAAAACAAGCCGCAAUUGAUCCACUUACUGGUACAAUCGAUAUCAAUAUUUUAACAACAGGUAUCAGUAGUAGUGUACGUAAACGACGUGAAGAAAUGGCUAUGGCAAUAUGGUCACUUCUUGAAGAACGUCCUCGUGUAUUGACUUUUGUUUAUUCACGUGUACUAGAAGAUUUACGUGCCCGAUCAGAACGUAUGAUUACACGUGAAAAUUUUGAAGAUGGAUUGAAUUUUUUAAAAAAUACCAAUAAAAUUGAUUGGGCUGGAAAUACUAUACGUAAACGUUAGAUGAUAAUGAUGAUGAUGAUGAACUUUUGGAUAAUUUUUUAUAGAUGUCUUUAUUUUUUUUAUAGAAAAAAAAACCAAAAACAUUUUCUUGACAAAUAAAAAUGCUCAG